ACCUCACAUACAUAUAUACAUACAUUCAAAAGAAAAAGUAGUAGUUAUGGCUAAGUUUGCUUCCAUUAUCACCCUUCUCUUGGCUGUCCUUGUUUUCUCUGCUGUUUUUGAAGGACCAGCAAUGGUAGAAGCUCAGACGUUGUGCGAGAAGCCAAGUGGGACAUGGUCAGGAGUCUGUGGAAACAACGAUGCGUGCAAGAAUCAGUGCAUUAACCUUGAGGGUGCAAAACAUGGAUCUUGCAACUAUGUCUUCCCAUAUCAUAGAUGUGUCUGUUACGUCCCAUGUUAAUCUACCAAAGGCUCUUUGCUGCUUGCAUGUCUAUUGUCUAAAAUACAAAAAAAUAAGUCUGUGUCACUCUAGUGAUAUGACAUGUAUGUUUGUGUUUCAAUGUUUCGUUUGGUUAAUAAUAAUAAUAAUAAUAUAAACUAUCAUAUAGACGUAUCAGA